AUGGAGCUGGUUUACGCUGACCCGAUCCCUCGGGAUCUGAAGCUCAAGAUCGCUCCUCUGAGAGGGGACCAGCAAUCCUGCCCGCCAGUCGUCAACGGUGGACGACAAAUGCGUCGAAUCGACAAAACAACCUCAGAAGCAUGGGGCCCACCCGUCUUCGCCAACCGCCGCGCCUCCGUUGAACCAAGAAUAACAGCCCAGAACGAAGACAUGUUCCGCACCUUCCACCCAGCCCUCCGCUCCGAACCCGAAGUCUUUGCUCUCACAAAAAGAAGCAACAACAAUCAAGUCUGGCUCGUAUUCCCCCGCAAAGGCGACAGCGGACCCUUCACGCACGUCGGUGGCCGAGCAGUACACACCCAGCCCUACUUUGAGACGCCCACCGAGCACGGGAUGGAAUACGCGAUGACGAAGGAGGAUCCGAUUCAGCGGGAUAUUGAUGUUCAUGAGCCGUUGUCACAGGAGGAUUUGGGAAAGAUUAAGGCGGUUUUUCCCCGGGGGGUGGGCGUUCAGGUUUUUCAGUGUGAGUGUUUGAUCGUAUUUUUUGGGGGGAGGGAGGAUAUGCUGCGGUCUUGGGAGGAUGGGACGCCGCCGAGUAUUGGGGGGUUGAUGGUUGGGUAUCGGUGUUAG